AUGGAUAAUGGAUAAAUAAUUAACUUUUAAGAUUUCGAUGAGAUUGAAUGUGAUAAAGAAUAUAUUGCUUUUACUUUUAGCAAUAACAAUAAAAAGCUCAGGAAUUAUGAAAAAGCUUUAGAAAAAUUCAAAUCUCGCAUUUAAGAAGGCCUUAUCUAUAUCAAUAAUAAUUUUGAUUUUUUCAAUCUUAAUACAUAAUAAGAUGGCAUCCUUAUUGAUAAUUAAAAUAAUAAGAUUGAAGUGAUUGAUGAAUGCAUAAUUGGAACAUAGGUUGUGUUAAAAAAAGAUAAAACAUAAAUAUUGAAUGAUAGAAAAAGACAUUCAAUUAAUAUCGACCCUCAUUCAUAUAAAAUAGAUUUUAAGUUAGAAGAUAAGAAUUUAGAUAACAAUAGCCAUUUAAAUAAGAUUGAUAAAUUAAUUAAAGAGAAAAAGAAUAAGAAAAAGAAAAAAACUAUACGUAAAAAAUAGUGA